AAGUGCGCGCGUGUGGUUCGUGUGUGUAUACAUGUGCCAUCCUUCGCGUGAACGAUAAAGCGGGAGAGAAGAGAGGACUCGGGCCAACGGAAGCCGGAACCGAAAAAUGGAUGCGACGUCACUGCGGCUCAUUUCCGGACUGCUUUUGUUCGCUUACACCACGUCACACUUCAGUCAUGCAAACAGGGGACACGCGAAUUACGGGAAACCAAUUGGAAAUCUAACGAAAUACGCUCAUAAAAUCAAUGGAGAAGCGUACGUCGUGGACGACACGACGAUAUUCAUUAAAGGAUUCUCGUACGAUGGAACCGGACCGGACGCAUACUUCUGGGUAGGGAACAGUACCAAGCCCGAUCCACAGGGCUACAUCGUCCCGUAUCCGGAAAUAGAAAAGGGCAGGGACCCGGUGGUGCUUAAAAUGUACAACGAUACGGACAUCAUUCUGAAGCUGCCUGACGGAAUGCGGAUACGGGACAUCAACUGGCUGAGCGUUUGGUGUCGUCGAUUUACCGUGAACUUCGCCGACGUCUACUUGCCGGCGAAUCUGAAAGUGCCGAAGGUGAGGGUGUUGCCAGAAUUCUCGAGGUUGGCUCACGGGCUUCGAAGCGGGAACAUUACGAUCCUAGAUAGCAAAACUUUCUACAUUCCGAAUCUGCACUACGACGGCGCUGGUCCAGACGCUUACUUCUGGAUUGGAAACGGCACAGAACCCAACACUUUUGGCAUCAAGGUGCCCAACGAGAGAAAAAGUUUGUUACCGCUGAGAGGCUACCAAGGGGAGGACAUCGAAAUCGUUCUACCAGGGAACUACACCGUGUACGACAUCGACUGGCUGUCUGUGUGGUGCGUGCAACACCAUCAGAAUUUCGGACAUGUCCUGAUUCCGAAGGAUCUCGACGUUCCUCCUGCCCUUGGUCAAACGAAAAUCACGCCGCCUUGGUGGUACGAUCCUACAAGCAGCACACCGACACCGCCGCAAUCCAAACAAGAGUUGACCAAUUGCAAAGAGUUGCUCGAGGGUCGUGUACAGGUCCAAUGGGAGAUGAUAGGAGAGGAGAUACACAUUAGAGUGUCGGCGCGUAUAAGGGAGGAUCAGUAUGUAGCGUUCGGGCUUUCCGGUUACGACGGAAAAUCCGAAAUGAUCGGCGGAGACGUUGUAGUGGUCGGUUACAACAACGUGACCGGUGAAUUCAUCGCGAAGGAUUAUUACAUAUCCGACUACGCGCAGUGCGACGGUAUGAGGGGUGUGUGUCCGGACGAAAGGGUUGGAGGGAAGAACGACGCCAUCCUUGUCGGCGGGGAACGAAACAACGGAGUGACGGCAGUUACGUACAGGAGACCGUUGAGAACGAACGAACCGGUGAAAGACAGGAUGAUCCCGGACAAGGAAACUAGCGUGAUCGCUGCGAUAGGACCUCUGAAUUCGAGAGGAGAAGCGAAUGCUCAUCAUAGCUUCGACAAGACGAUCGAGGACAUUCGUAUUGAUUUUACGUCCAGGCAUGUCCACGAGUGUCCAAAUUCCCUCUACAACCUGCCGAACAUGUCUAACAUCAAACCGUGGCCACCAGCGGUAAUCACCAAUAAGACCUCGUUCAGCGCGAGGAUCGGGCCUGCUGGCGGGAAAAGAGGAUACUCGAGUAUCACAGGAGAUCCGGCAUGGGGCGUCGCGUGGUACAUCAACGACUUGCUGAUCCCAGAAAUUACCGUGGAGAGAGGACAGACGUACACGUUCAUAGUGGAGGGCGGGAACGAUCCAACUAAUCCGGCGAGAUACCAUCCAUUUUACAUCACCGACAGUCCAGAGGGUGGAUUCAGCCAAAACACAGAAGCAGCGCAAAUGGCGCAAAGAGUGUACGCUGGAGUGAAAUACGACGCUGAUGGAUAUCCUUAUCCAACCGCUGCUGGUCGUUACUGCGAAUGGGUGCACAAGACGGUGGACAUGAGCGCAGAUAUGGAGACUUUUGAGAACUUCUUCGAGACACUUAGACUGGAAUGUGACAAAGGUGAACCGGCUAAACUCGUCUGGACAGUCUCCGAGGACACUCCGGAUAUGGUCUAUUAUCAGUGUUACACGCACAGAAAUCUCGGCUGGAAGAUACACGUUGUCAACAGCGCACACGCGGUAAUGCCGCUUCUCUCACUGAUCGCAACAUCGUUCGUCGUCGGUAUGUUACAGUUCAUAAGAUGA